UACUUUAUUGUUUUGUGUAGAUAUAUAUAUAUAUAUAAUACCCAUUUCCCAGGAAGUGGAAGAGCAGCUCCAUCUGAGUAUUUUGAGAGAUGGAACUCAAUGAGCAGGGUUUCUUAGAGGAGCUAUUAGCUCUAAAAAGAGAGACUUGGGAGAGACUCCCUGCUACAGGAAUGAAUGAGCUGUUCACUAAUAAUGGGUGGAGCUUAGAUUGUUUCGAUGAUCAGAACCCAGGAAUGAAUGAGUUGUUCACUAAUGGGUGCAGCUUAAAUUGUUUCGAUGAUCAAAACCCAGGUAUGAUAGGUCCUAAUUCUUCCCCAUGCGGUGGAUUCGCCAUGUCCACUGAACCAAGUUUCGAUUCUUCGUUUAAUUAUGAAACCUACUACCCAUUUGGAGAUGGAUUCCCACAGCUGCUUCCAGAUAUGGGUUUAUCUUCUUAUGAGAAACAAGAAUAUGAUACAAUGCCAUUCCCGGCUAGCCAGGAAGAAUGCCCUUCAGCGGUUAUGGAGAACGAAGAGCUUCGCGAAUUGGAGGAGCUUCAGACAAGUUGCAAGGUGGAGCUGCCAGUCCAGCCUAACAUGGGCUUGUGUGUAGAGAGAAAGAAUCGAACCAAGAAGGUGGAGGGUCAGCCUUCCAAGAAUCUAAUGGCCGAGAGGAGGAGAAGGAAACGAUUGAACGAUCGCCUUUCCAUGCUCAGAUCAGUCGUUCCCAAGAUAAGCAAGAUGGACAGAACAUCCAUACUUGGAGAUACUAUCGAUUACAUGAAAGAGCUCUUGGAGAGAAUUAAGGGUUUGCAAGGGGAAAUCGAAGAGAGCUCGACUGAUCAGUUGAACCUGAUGGACACCUUCAAGGAACUAAAAUCAAACGAAGUCCUGGUUAGGAAUACACCCAAGUUUGAUGUUGAAAGGAGGAAUGCAGAUACCAGAGUCGAGAUUUGCUGUGCAGGGAAGCCCGGAUUGUUGCUAUCGACUGUGACCACCUUGGAAGCACUGGGCCUUGAGAUUCAACAAUGUGUCAUUAGCUGUUUCAAUGAUUUUUCUAUGAAUGCUUCAUGCUCUGGGGAAAUGGAGCAGAGAGCAAUAAUAAGUUCUGAGGACAUAAAGCAAGCAUUGUUCAGAAAUGCAGGUUAUGGAGGGAGGUGCCUGUAGAAAUCAAAUCAAGGAAAAAUAAUGUGGCCAUUACAGGAGGAAGCUUGCUUGACUAUCCAUAGUCCCAAAGAGAUGGUUUCGGAAAUCUCUGGAUUUUUCUUCCUUCCUCAACAAGGACCCAAGGCCCACCUUCUUCUUU